AUGAUCACCACAGAAGGACAGGAGACAGGCCCGGACCCAAAGAAAGAGACUGGUAAUAUACAGAGUCUGUUCAGUCUUGAUGCAAGAAGUGUUAUCGUCACUGGUGCGACGGGUGGCCUGGGGCGAGAAGUUGUCAAAACAUUGUUGCAGGCAGGUUCCGAUGUUAUCGCGGUCGAUUAUGUACAGAAUGAACCGAUCGAUGCGAGCUGGGAAAAUCUGAGGAGUAUCAGUAGCGACCUUGGCGCCUCCUUGAGCUACCACAGCUGCGAUAUAUCCGACGCUGGACACACGGAGACUGUCUUUGAAAAGGCGUCAGCUUGCUCACGGUUUCCGCUCAGAGGCCUUGUCAACUGUGCCGGCAUCAGCAUACUGGGUGACUCCAUCACAUUCCCCCUGGACACCGCUAGGCGAAUCAUCGACGUCAAUCUCGUUGGAUCGCUGAUCGUGGCUCAGGCUGCGGCGCGCAUUGUGAGGAAGAAAAACAUGUCAGCCAGCUUCGUCUUCAUAGCCAGUAUGAGCGGCUACGUCGUCAACAAGGGCGUCGGCACUGCCGCAUACUCGGCCUCGAAAGCAGGUGUCCAUCAAUUGACCCGCAAUCUGGCGGCCGAAUGGUCUCACUGCGACGGCUGGCCCGAGAUCAGAGUCAACUCCAUCAGCCCGGGCGUCAUCCGAACCCCAAUGUCGUCACCCGUUCUUUCAGAGGGCAGCCUUAAGGCCACGUGGACACAGGAGACCAUGCUGAGGCGGCUCUCGGUCCCAGAGGAUUAUCGGGGACCCGUCGUGUUCCUGCUUUCCGACGCCAGUUCGUACAUGACUGGGGCCGAUUUACUCGUUGAUGGCGGAUACACGGCCUGGUGA